CCCCGGCCUUCUCGCACGGCUCCCUGCCCCUCCUCCUCGAUGGGAGGACUCUGGCGAGCUCGGCGCUGCGCCGCCGAGGAUAAACACAUGGUUGUGGUCAUGAUAUGACGGCAUCGUAGUGGUUCCACGGCGUGGAGGUGAUUCGGUUGUGAUUGUUCGGAGCCCGCGCAGAGCCAGGCCCCGCGCGGCCAGGGCAGGACGUACGCGAGUGUGUUUCGAGUGACAAGUGACGCUGUGAUAGUGUGCAACAUGUGUAGUGCGAGGGGUUCGCCGCGACCCAGCGGUCUGUGAGCGCGCCUUAUGACCGUCAUGCAGGCCGGCACGGUGGUGGCCGAGCCGGCGGAGCCGCCCUUCAAGCCCAAGCGGAGCAGCAAGAAGGCCGCCAGGACCAAGUCGCCGCCGACCUCGCCGCCGUUCAAGCAGGAGUACCCGCAGUACUACGACGGCCACGUGCCCGCGGCCUCGGACUUCGGCGGCCACUUCUUCAACGGCUACCACCACGGCGGCCACCAUGGCCACUUCGCGCAGCAGCAGAGUGGAUACCCUUAUUACCACCACCACCACCACUACCAAGUGCCGUACCCGCAGCAGCAGCUGUACGACCGCUACCACGACGCCGACGACUACCGGUCCGCGUCGUGGGAGGACAAGAGGUCCGAGGACGACAGCUACGGCCUGCAGCACUACGGAAAGCCUUCGGUCGACGACGUGGGCAAUCCGACUUCAGUCAAUACACGGAACCCCUCGUUUGACCGCAGUAUAGACGGCCACGGCAUCCUCGAGCUCCGGAAGGAGAAGUCGAGGGACGCGGCGCGGUCGCGGCGCAACAAGGAGAACACCGAGUUCUACGAGCUGGCCAAGAUGCUGCCGCUGCCCGGCGCCAUCACCACCCAGCUGGACAAGGCCUCCAUCAUCCGCCUCACCAUCUCCUACCUCAAACUUAGGGAUUUCUCUGGGCACGGCGAGCCGCCCUGGUCCAGGGACCCGCCGCCCGCCAAGAACGCCAAGGGUCCGAUGCGGUCGCGAGCGGGCAUGGCAAUGGAUCUCUUCGAGCAGCACCAAGGAACCCAUAUAUUACAGAGUCUGGACGGCUUCGCCUUCUCCCUCGGAGCGGACGGCCGCUUUCUGUACAUCUCCGAGACCGUCUCCAUCUACCUCGGGCUGUCACAGGUGGAGAUGACGGGUAGCAGUGUGUUCGACUACGUGCACCACGCCGACCACCAGGAGGUGGCCGAGCAGCUGGGGCUCGGCCUGGCGCCCCAGGGCGGCCAGGGCCUCGCCUCGCCCGCCAGCGCGGGCUCCGAGGAAGGCAUCGCCUCCAACACGGGCACCAUGAACCCGGACGUGGCCACCCAGAUGGCGCUGAGCACCACCACGGGGUACAAGGGGUUGGAGCGGUCCUUCUGCGUGCGGAUGAAGUCCACCCUCACCAAGAGGGGGUGCCACUUCAAGUCGUCUGGGUACCGGGUGGUGCUGGUGCUGUGCCGGCUGCGGCCGCAGUGCAGCUUCUCGCACUCGCGCAAGGCGACGCCGCCGCUGCUGGGCAUGGUGGCCAUCGCCAUCGCGCUGCCGCCGCCCUCGGUGCACGAGAUCCGCCUGGACUCGGACAUGUUCGUCACCAGGAUCAACUUCGACUUCCGGAUCGCGCACUGCGAGCCGCGUGUGUCGGAGCUGCUGGACUACACGGCCGAGGAGCUGACGGGCAAGAACCUGUACACGCUGUGCCACGGCGAGGACGCCAACCGCCUGCGGAAGUGCCACCUGGACCUGAUCAACAAGGGCCAGGUGCUGACGCACUACUACCGCCUCAUGAACAAGAACGGCGGCUUCACGUGGCUGCAGACGUGCGCGACGGUGGUGUGCAGCUCCAAGAACGCCGAGGAGACCAACAUCAUCUGCGUCAACUACGUCAUUAGCGCGCGCGAGUACGGCAAUCUGAUCCUGGACACGUGCCAGAUGGAAGACUCCAUCCAGACGGUGAAGCGCGAGGACAACAGCAACGACCCGGAGAACGGAUCGCCCGACGCCGACAGGGGAGAAGGUCACAGCAGUGGCGGCCCGUCCAACCAGCGCGACACGCACCGGUCGCCGCCCGACCUGGACGACGGCUCUUCGGAGGCGCCGGGCGACCACCGCGGCGGUCGACACCACGACCACGUGACGCAGCUGCAGCCCUUGCAGCCGCUGCACAGGCCGGGGCAGCAGCCGGGGCUCAACAAGAAGCUGCAGCAGCGGCGGGGCAGCAAGAGGAAGAUGUCGUCGAUGGCGGAGGACGACAGCAGCCUGUGCACGUCGGACGAGGACGACGACGAGGACGGCCCCAGCCGGACCAAGCAGCCGCACUUGCAGCAGCUGCAGGGCGUCGGCCGGGGCGCCGGCGUCCUCAGCCCGGCGUCGUCCUCGUGCCACUCCACCGGCAUGACGGCCGACGCCAGCCCCAAGACGUCGGCGCCGACGCCGUCCACGCCCGUCACGGCCAGCGCCACGGUGACGUCGGCCGCGUCGGCAGUAAACCACCACCCUGCGGACGACGGCGGCGACGCCGCGCCCACCUCCGUCAAGGACUUGGAGCACGCCAUGUCCAAGCACCUGCCCGCCGUCUCCCUAAGUAAAUGUUCCUCCCCGCCGCUCUUGUCCCUGCAGCCGCACGGCACGACGGACUUCAGCGCGGACACGCUGCUCAAGCAGCAGCAGCAGCGCAGCACCAUCCAGUGGAUCGGCGCGCACCACCACCUCAACCACCACCUGAACCACCAGCAGCUGCCGCACUCGUCGGCGGCGCCCCUGCCGGCCACGGCGCUGCUGCGGCAGCUGUACGCCAACCGCGAGUCCGUGAUCCGAGCCAACGUGCACGCCGGCGGCCCCACGCCGGGGCUCGGCGGCCGCGCCGGCUCCGUGGGUCCCGGGGGCGGCGGCGGCGCGUCGUACUACACGGGCGACGUCAGCCACGUAGGGCCGCUGCCCACGCCGCCGGGCAGCGAGGGCUCGUACGGCGACCACCAGUUCCUGCUGCACAACAACAAGGGCGGCGCCUCGGCCACCGCGGACGCCUUCAACAGCCUGGUGUCGUCGUACUCGGCGACGGGCGGCUACUCCGUGGACUACCACUCCGCCAUGACGCCGCCGUCGUCCGUGUCGCCGCGGGACAAGCACCAGCACCAGCAGCUGAACGCGGCGGGGGUCGCGGCGGGGGCGUUCGACAGCGCGGCCUACUCGGACGUGCUGCGGCACCAGUACGGCGGCAUGGACGGCUCGCCCGCGCAGCCGCUGCCCCUCAAGCCGCAGGCCUACCACAGCACCCUGGACGCGGCCACGGCGGCGGCCUACGCCGCCUCCACCGGCACCCUGGACCAGAGCCAGUUCUACCACCAGGGCUUCCACCUGUACCACCCCAAGCAGGCGGCCGGGCCCGCCACGUCCUGGUACUCGGCGCCCUCCUAGUGCAGUGAUAACUAAGUGAUAGACCCAAUAUACCAAAUUGUUGCCCGCGGGCAAUUCGUUGCAAGGACGGUCUUGGUGCGGACGGCGUCGACCAUUCCGAGGACCGCGGACAUUCCGUCGCCGACAGCCCGACAGCCCCGCGGCGAGGAGGUCCUCGAAGUGGCUGCCUCGUCCUCCCUCCGAAUGUGUACAGUAUAGUUAUGUUUUUAUCGUAGGGGUUCUUUUCAGCUCAUUUCGAAUUUUAUGGAAUAUGUUUUGUUUUUCUCAUUGGUAUUCUCCCUAUGUAGUUUUAGACGUGUGUUGACUGUGAAACGGCUCCGUCGGGUAACCACAAACUUCAAACGCGACUCAACAAUUGAAUACUUUGCUACCUGUAGAAAUAAAUCCAACUCUCGGCACUCCGAGGUGUAAUGUAACUGUGAUGGACUACGCAAGCCCUUCGACGCGUGGGUCGAGUGGAGCGGAGCGAAAGCGCUCUCGGCCGCCAAAGCCGCCCCGGUGAACUCCGCAGUCAAAGUCGAGCUCCUUUCCGGCGUCGACUGCACAACUACAUAUCUAAUGUGAUCUCCUGUCAAAACACAAUGUACAAAGGAAGAGCGCUCCGUGUGAUGCAGCAUAGUUGCUGAGGGUCCCCGCGGCCCGCCGCGCCCCGCCCAAGAUGGCCGGCACGGCGGCCAGGAUGGCGGCCAGGAUGGCGACGGCCCUUGGACACUGUCCAACUCGCGGCAGUUGAUAUGCACGUCGCCGGCUCGCCGCCGUGCGCGGCAUACCGCCUUCAAAUUGUUUUCUCUUGGCGGGGCCAGCGCUUUCGGCUCGUCCCCUUUUCGUCCUCGUGUCGUCCUCGUGUCGGUUGCCAUGCCAACCGUCGCAGUGUCGAACUGGCGGUGAAAAUUGAAAUUGAAAUCGGCACUGUGCAGCAGAGUGAGCAUCACACAGGGCAAGUGGGUGCACAGUAGAACCAAUGAAAGUGAUCCCUCGUACAUAUGUUAUGUAAAUAUUGUUUCAUAAACGUUUUAGCUGUACAUAUAAACCUUCUGUAAACCUAAGAAUUAUAAAGAUGUAUUACUAAGAUGGUGAGCCUGGAUGUGUGAUAGUGACUUGUUUAUGUUUUUUGUUAUGCAAUCCUCGGUAUUUGUACCAAGAUUUUUUCAACGAGUGAAAACUCUCUCUGUGGCUUUGUGGCAACUGGAAAGCACUGAAGUGGUCAGUUUUCUUGGAAGGGGUGAGAUCAGGCCCCGUGGAGAAAGAGUUUCCUCAAAAUUUAUAACUGUGCUGCCAAAGAUAGAUGAAAAUCUAAGGGCAUUGAGGACAAAUACUGCGAACAAUUGAUUUGCGCGGACAAAGAAGGCAGAAAUCAGAUAUGGAGGACCAAAAACCCAUUCCCUUUCUGAGUUCCUGUCUUCAGUCCGUACGAUACGUGUUUAGAUUUGUGAUAUGAUAUAGUAUACCAUUUCAGAGGGUUUAAAUUUUUGUUUUCUGCGCGUUUUUGUGGCAGCCAAUAAGUUUGUUGCGGCUUUGCCACGGUUUUGGACAGAGUGCAAUAGUUGCCAAUUAAGUUUGUUCAUAGUUAAAAUGUUGAUUUUUUAUUUGUAAACUCAAAACGUUGUCUGAUUUUUAUUGUUAUGUCAAGCCAAUUUUGUAUUUAAUUUUAGUAGGCAAAUAUUUCCAUGACAUUUAAUCCUUUAAAUAUAUUUUGAGUCCCUUGAAAAGAAUUUUGGAAUUGACUGAAUUCGAAAGCAUUUGGUUGGGGUCAAGAGAUGUUUCUCUUUUUAUUUCACAUUUCAGCUGUGAGGCCAAAGACACUUUGCGAUGGUAUUUUAAAAAUCUACCGAAAAUUUUGUUCCCUCCUUUAUAUAUGUAACUUGAGUUAUUUGACAGUGUUCUAUUAGUCUGACAUAUAUAGGGAUCGCGCAAAAUACUUAAGAAAAAAUAUUGUUUAUUUUUUUUUUGUUAUCACAGUUAAUUCCUUCCUUUUGCGGCACCUUUUGGAAUCCUUGCAGGCUAUUUAUAGCCUCAAAUUUUGUGUCUGAAGUACUGUCACUCAUGAGAAUGAGUAAAAAUAAAUCUACACUGUAGCCAGAAUGUUUCGCAUGUAACAAUUUCGGCAACCACGCCGAGAAAAACAAGUGUCCUGCUGUUAACAUUUUGUUACCCUGUUAUAUGUUUUCACUUUUUCCUGUAAAAAUAGUUGAACACUUGCUGCAUCGCGGCUGGCUGCUCUAGGAGCCAUGAGAAACAUUCUGAAGUGCAGUUCUACUUACUUCUACUAAGUUAUGAUUACCUACUGUGUAUAAACGCUGCAGCUACUACAUGUUUUGUUUUUUGUCCAAUAUAAAGAUGGAAAAAUUAAACUGUUACUUGCCACAGGAAA